AUCUGUUGGCUCGGACUCCGGCUCGGCCAUACGCUACCUUGCACUUUUUCAGUCGCUUCCUCACUCUUCCUUUAGCUUCUUCUUCUCUCGCACACUCUCCCUCUAGAAAAUCACUGAGGGACGUUUUGAGCAUCGGUGAUUGAUUGAUCAUAUGAUGAGGGUGACGCUGAAUACAUAUUUUCAUUUUUGGUAAUUCAAUGGAUUAAGUUGUGGUCUGCUGCAGUUUUUGUGACUCGUAUUGAUUACAAGACGUUUUCUCGAUGGGUGGAGUUUGUUCUAGGAAGCGGGACCAACGAGACAAUGAAGACAAUGUACUCAGAGGGGUCUCUGGAAGAUAUUUUAAGAGUGGGAGUUCCAAGUGGUUGGCCACCUCAUUUUCUCGACCUGCUAUAGAUGUUCAACUGGGGAGAGGGAAAUGCCCUUCACUUUUGGACUUGUGCAUACGUAAAAUAUGCGAGGACAUUGAUGGAUAUAGCACCUUUUCAAUGCUCCCAAGGGAUAUUAGUCAGCAGAUCUUUAAUGAGUUAGUAUAUUCCCACUGUCUAAAUGAUGUUUCUCUGGAAGCUUUUCGAGAUUGCGCUCUCCAGGAUCUAUACUUGGGAGAAUACCCUGGGGUGAAUGAUAGUUGGAUGGAUGUAAUCUCUUCACAGGGGUCAUCUUUGCUUUCUGUUGAUCUAUCUGGUUCUGAAGUGACUGAUACUGGCUUGCUUCAUCUCAAAGAUUGCUUGAAUCUUCAAGCUUUGAAUUUUAAUUGUUGCGACCAAAUUUCUGACCAGGGGCUGCAACACAUAAGCAGUAGUUUCUCAAAUUUGACAAGUUUGAGUUUUAGAAGAAACAAUGCAAUUACUGCUAAGGGAAUGAGUGCCUUUGCUGGUUUAGUUAACCUGGUUAAGUUGGACCUGGAGAGAUGUCCUGAGAUUCAUGGUGGGCUUGUUCAUCUGAAAGGUUUAGCAAAGUUGGAGUCUCUCAAUCUCAAAUGCUGUAAUUGCAUCACAGAUGAAGACAUGAAGCCUCUCUCUAGGCUUGUGAACUUGAAAGGAUUGCAGAUUUCAUGCAGCAAGGUUACAGAUGUUGGCAUUAUUUUCUUGAAAGGACUGCACAAGCUUUCUCUGUUGAACUUGGAGGGAUGCCCAGUUACCGUUGCAUCCUUGGCGUCUCUUUCAGCUCUGGCUGCGCUGUUAUAUUUGAAUCUUAACAGAUGUCAUCUGCCUGAUGCUGGGUGUGAGAAGUUUUCACGAUUUGGGAACUUAAAAGUAUUAAACUUGGGGUUCAACGACAUCUCAGAUGCUUGCUUGGUACACUUGAAAGGUUUGACAAACUUGGAAAGCUUGAACUUGGAUUCCUGUAGGAUUCGUGAUGAAGGGCUGGUUAACUUGACAGGCCUUCGGAAUCUGAAAUGCCUGGAGUUGUCUGAUACUGAAGUUGGAAGUAAUGGACUUCGCCAUCUAUCUGGUUUGACUAACCUGGAGAGUUUAAAUUUAUCAUUCACUGGGGUUACUGAUGGUGGUUUAAGAAAAUUAUCUGGACUCACGUCUCUUAAAUCACUCAAUUUGGAUUCUCGUCAUAUUACAGAUACUGGACUUGCAGCUCUUACAAGUCUGACUGGAUUAACUCAUCUUGAUCUUUUUGGAGCUCGUAUUACAGAUGCUGGAACAAAUUAUCUGCGAAACUUUAAGAGCCUGAGGUCCCUGGAAAUUUGUGGUGGUGGACUGACAGAUACUGGUGUAAAGAAUAUCAAGGAUCUUUCAUCCCUGAUGCUGCUUAAUAUUUCACAAAACUCCAACCUGACAGAUAAAACCUUGGAGUUGAUUUCUGGCUUGAUGGGGUUGGUCUCUUUGAAUGUUUCAAAUUCUCGUAUCACCAGUUCAGGAGUGCGCCAUUUGAAAACUCUGAAGAAUUUGAAGUCACUGACAUUGGAGGGCUGCAAGGUGACAGCAAAUGACAUUAAGAUGCUUCAGUCAACUGAUCUCCCUAAUCUGGUGAGUUUCCGGCCCGAGUAGUUACGAAUGCAUCGUAAGGUUUCUUGAAAAAGAUAUACAGUUGGAGUACAGGGCAACUAUGUAUAUAUAAUAACCAUGAAGGUGAGGUGAUAUUUGAUGUACUGUACAUAUGGUUAAACCUGAAGAAGAUUUCCAAUGUGGCUCACGAAGUAAUUAUACUAAAGGAAUUAUCCCUAUGUUUUAUGUGAAGCAUUCUUUUGGAUCGUGUUUGAUACAAAAGAAAAUGUAGAUAAGCUUCCGUGGCAUGGGUCUGCGAUGCUCUUUUCAGCUUUGGUUUCCUUUGUAUGUAUAUGUGGGUACAGCAGACUCAGCAGUCCAGUAAUAUAUUGACAUAUUGUUAUGCAAUGAAGUUCCCCAUUUCCCUGUAUAGGGUUGUGAA